UUUCACUGGACCAUGGGGGAUUUAUUAUUGCUAAAUUGAGAAGCUCGUAUAUCCGAACCCUAGUGGAUGAUCUGAAGCCAACAAGUUACAAGCCCUACCAAUAGCAAUGUCUCAUGGCGAGGGUCGUGAUUCCGAUUCCAGACACCAUCGUUCUCGGUUCGAUCGAGAACCUAGUCCUAAAAGAGUUAGGAGGGAUGGAAGAACAGCAACAGAGCAACCAGCCAUUAACCAUAAUCUGGAUUCUUCAGAACAUACUAACCGAGAUAAAAAACGCCCAGUAGUAACUGAUUCAAAGAUACAAAAUGUAUCCUCGAUCAAAGAAUCUGACAAGAAAAGUAACGGAUGCCAUGAAGGAACAAAAAUUUCUUCUGAAAAUAUCGAAUCAUCUCGAUCUCGAUCUCACUUUCAGCAUGAUGAGCGUGGUCGUAGCUUUAGACACAGGGAUACUCAUACUACAGAGCGUGGGGGGUGGAAAGAUUCAAAGGAUCGUGAGAGUGGAAGGGCUACAAACAGAAGCUCAAACAAUGGUUCGGAUAUAAAGAAGAAAAGGCCAUCUUUUCGUGAGACGAAAAUACCCCUGGAUGCUGUAACUCAUGAUAAACCAGCAACACAAAUUUCAAAGCCAUUAGAAGGAAGUGAAAGGAAGGAAGAUGGAGGAAAGCCGGUGGUUGAGCGGCCUGACAGGCGGUUGUCAGGGGAGAGGGACCCACAGAGGAUGAAGUUUCAAUCAAGAGAUAGGUAUGGUGGUGGUGGUGGGUACAGGGGAAGGGGGGAUAGGUUAGGUGGUGGUGGUGGUGGUGGAGCUGAGAAGUGGAAGCAUGAUCUUUAUGAUGAAGCGAAUAAGAGUCCGAUUUCAAAGAAUGAAGAGGAUCAGAUUGCAAAAGUUGAAGCCCUUCUUGCUUCAUAGCCAUGUUUUUUUUUGUUUCUUUUGUUUUUGUUCAUAUGAUUUCAUGGGACAUUAUAGUUUUUCUCAAAUGUCAAGUGAUGAUCCUAGAAUGGGUCAAGGCUGUAGUUUGUGGUUGGUUUAGGAUGUCAUUCACUGUUUUGUUAUUGUUUUUCACGUGAGUAUGCAUUUAAGAAUAAUAUCAAGUGAUUUUUGAUUAAA